ACCGAAUCAUAAAAAAGAUUAUAGAUCUUUAAGCGUUAUUCUUUUUUCUUUCAGAAUAGUGAUAAAUCCAAGUUAAAAAGUGAUAUUUUGAGACGGUUUAACUCGUUAAAAAGGAAAUAAAGUAGAAAGGAAAAUCAGUGGUUGUAAAACAUUAUAAAAGGAGGGCUCUUUUGGUUCAUUCACACAUUCAUCAACGCUUUUUGAUUCAGCUGAGUUCAAGAUUUGCUUCUAAAACUUUCUUUCUUCGAUAAUAUUUGUGAUCUUUCGUGUUAUAAUGGCGACAAGAACGAGGAUCUUCAGCUUCGUGUUCAUGAUGAUGAGCUUCACGGUUCUCUUGGGUUGCUGCUGCUCGGCUAGGAUCUACAAAGUUGGAGACUACGAAGGAUGGACUGCCAAGGACGAUGUCUAUUACGCUUGGGCUGAGACCGACCAUAAGGAGUUCCACGUGGGAGAUUCACUGAUCUUUGAAUACGAUCCCAUCAUCAAUGACGUGACUCAAGUUUCUGGUGCUUUAGAAUACGAGUUAUGCGACUAUUCUUCUCCAAAAGCCGUCUAUAACACAGGACACGAUGUCGUGACUCUCACGGAACCAGGUUUUCACUACUUCAUCACCUCAAACCAAACUCAAUGCGUACUGGGACAGAAGCUUGAUGUUCUUGUCAUCCAUGACCCAUCACGUCCGAUUCCUCCACCACCACCGAGCAAGAUACUUCCUGUCGGAAAGACCUACAAUGUCGGAGACUCGGAAGGAUGGAAAGUCUAUGACAGUGACUUUUAUAACAAGUGGAGCGAGGGGAAACAAUUUCAAGUUGGAGAUACUUUGCUUUUCGAAUACACCAACCAAGUAAACGACGUCUAUGAAAUCAACGGUGACCUAGAGUUCAUUACAUGCGACCCAACGUCUCUUGUAGCCGUGUACAAGACAGGACACGAUAUUGUUAGGCUGAGUGAACCAGGAGUUCAUUAUUUCAUAACCUCACAGUCGGGUUAUUGUGAGGCUGGACUUAAGCUUCGAGUGGUGGUGGGGCCACUAGCCAAAGCUGUUAUUAACCAUAAUUUUCCCAAGAAGAUCGACUUGUCAGCUAUGGAGCGUCUCAACAAUUGGUUACAGACUUUCAAACCCCAUCAUUAACCCAUCCGUUAUCUUAUUUGGUUUGAGCUUUUUUUAACCACUUUGGCGUUAUUGUCGUCUCUCUCUAGUCUCGUUUAGCUUCUUUAGUGCUUUGUUUCGAGAGUAUAUUACCAUUGUUGUAGAGUUUAUUUGUUUCGAGAAGUAUUCAAGAAAACAUCUGUUUGGUUAAACAUACCUGAACCAACAUAACUCGACUACACUUGUGUGGUUUAUCUAUCUAAAUUCUUAAGGCAUGCCUUUCGUCUCCUGUAAGGCUAGUUGCUCACUACUUUAUGUUUCUUUUAGAUAAAGUAUAUAUAUAAUGAUGUAUCUAGUAUAAUAUAUAUAUUAUUUAUUAUAUAUACAGCAUAACGUCUCUAACUCAUAGCAAUUGAGUGUGAUGAUGCUAAAAGCUACAUAUAGACGAGUAUGGUAUGCAUGGGCAUGAGCCGCCAAAAGUGAACAUAUAUAAAAAAGAGCAUUGCUUUCCUAAGUUCUUAAUGUGUAGAGGGGGUUGAUUCAGGAAUCAGGGACCAACCACCAAGUUAGAUAAUAGACAGUGCAACGGUGCAAUUUACCUGAUGUAAAACUAAAUUGUUAUAAAAAUAAAAAAUAACCUAACACUAAACUGUAGAGACUAAACAAUUAAUCAACUAACUUAAAAAAAAUAAGUCUUAAACCCUGAAAAUGAAAUCUCUACCAAAAAGUUAAUCGUUGCUCUGAUCAUUUUAUGUCUUCUUAUUUACUUAUGGGAAGGUCAUUCCAAUUAAACUAUACUGCCAUUUCAAUUCACCAUAGAUCCUCAUGCAUCGUGCGGAAUAUUCAUCAGCUAAUGCAGAUGUCAGCAACUAUAUUGUCUGUAGACUAUGUGUUUGAUGCUUCAAUGACUCAUGCAUGAUCAACGAGCCGGUUUCAAGUCAACAAACCAAGUGCAAAACGAGCAUCAUAUAUUCUCAAGUUGUACAAGUAUUUCAAGAAAAAAAAAACAUUGCAAUAGCUUAAAUCUUUAUUGGGUUUCAUGUAAGCUUUUUAUAGGGUAGACGCAUCCGCCUCAGUCAUUUUUUACUUCAGCUAUUACUGACAAACACCUCAGCUCUGAGAUUACAUAGA